AUGGCGGAGGAUGCCGGCCCUCACGCGGGAGCAGAGUUCGGUCUGCCGCCAUCCAGGGAGCAGCCGCCGUCCAGGGAGCAGCUGCUGGCUGCCAGCCGGCGCCUCGGGCAUGCGAGCUCUCGGGGAGACGAGGGAUCUGACCGCUGGGAGCACCAGCAGCCUUCCAGGAGCCUGUCGGUGUGGGCUGCUUCAGCGAGCACUCGGGGUGCUGCUUCCCGAGCUCGCCUGCGCGCCAUCGACAACCCGGGGUGCUUCUCGCCGGCCCGGCCCCCUGGGGAGGACGUGGCCCUGUGUGCGGCCCAGGCGGCGGGCCUCCGCGUCGGCUACUGUCCGCAGCAGGACGCCCUGGACGAGCACCUGACCGGCUGGGAGCACCUGCACUACUACUGCCGCCUGCGCGGGAUCCCGGCGUCCCACGUCCCGGAGGUCGCCGGGGACCUGGUGCGGUGCUUAGGCCUGGACGCGCACGUGGACCGGCCGGUGGCCGCCUACAGCGGGGGCACCAAGCGGAAGCUGUCCACGGCCCUGGCCCUGCUGGGGCCGCCUGACCUCCUGCUGCUGGACGAGCCCAGCUCGGGGAUGGACCCCUGCUCGAAGCGGCUGCUGUGGGAAGCGGUGAGGACGGAGGUUCUGGGAGGCUGUGCCGUGGUGCUGACCUCGCACAGCAUGGAGGAGUGCGAGGCUCUGUGCACGAGGCUCGCCAUCAUGGUUGACGGCCGCUUCCGGUGCCUCGGGUCCCCCCAGCACCUCAGACACAGGUUCGGGGACGGGUACACCGUCAGGGUGUGGGUCUGCGAGGAAGGCGGCCCGCACGCCGCCGUCUCGGCCUGCCUGCAGCAGCACUUCCCCGGAGCCCAGUUCAAGGGCCGGCGCCUGAACGUGCUGGAGUACCACGUGCCGCGGGCGCGGGCCGGCCUGGCCGCCCUGUUCCGGGUGCUGGAGAGCGGCAGGGCCGCGCUGCGCAUCGAGCGCUACGCCAUCAGCCAGGCCACGCUGGAGCAGGUGUUUAUCAACUUUGCCGAGGAGCAGCGGCCGACCCCACCGGCGGCUCCCGACCUCUGCGCCACCAGCGUCCAGCCCCACCCCCUGCCCGUGUGAGCCCCGGCACGGGCGACGGAGGGACGGCCCGUCUUCGUCCGGGGCCCUCGUGGGGAAGCCAGCGCAGAGCCGAGGGCAGGCGCCCCCCGCGCUCGGAUCUCCCUCUCCGCUUCCUCUCCCGCCCUGACGCCCCGCGAGCUCGCAGCCAGCGGUCGGGCGGUCUUUCUCUCCUGUGGACGCCAGGGGUCCUCCUCCGCGGCGGUCCUGCGGCCCUCGGCCAAGGAGCCCCGGGGCGGGGGCCGGCCUCCCUGCGACUGGGCCUGGGCGGGGUCCGAGUCCAGACCCCGACGGCUCGGAGCUGGGCAUCGAGGGUCUCCAGUGUCUGCGCUUCCUUUCGAGGAACCCGAGGCCCCCAGGGUCGCACCCUUCCCCAGCGCUACUGGGGAGAUAGCACCCCGGAUUUCCCGUCACCCCUGUCGUCUCUGUGCUACACGUGCUCGCUAGUGUCACAACACAAACUGAGUGAGUUAGAUGCGAACCGCUCCUCACACUGGAUGGCAUUUUGUGAUAGGACAUGAAAAAAGUUGCCAUUUUUUUCUUCUAAAAGAUGCUUUUUAAAAGAAGUAGGAACUAGAGACCUUUUUAGUCAACACUGUAGCAAAAUUAAAUAAAUUGUACUUGGCACUCUAGCAUUUAUACAACUUUUACCAGAAUUUCACAGAGUAGAGUUUUAGGGGAGCAUAAAAGAAAUACGAUGCGAAUGUA